AUGAUCGAACCAUUCCAGACGACCUUCUCGGUCCCGAUGACCUGUGAGGGCUGUGUGAAGUCCAUUUCCAACUCUCUACACAGUCUGGAAGGAAUCAGCAAGGUUGAAGCCAACCUCAAAGAUCAGUUGGUCUUUGUCGAAGGCACCGCUCCUCCCAGCUCCAUCGUAACUGCGAUCGAAAAUACCGGCCGCGAUGCCAUCCUCCGUGGCAGCGGCACUACCAACAGUUCCGCUGUCUGUAUCCUUGAAACUCACUCAACGACCGUCUCAAACAAGAUCCGCGGGCUGGCGCGCAUGGUCCAGGUCUCCCCAAACAUGACCCUUGUCGACUUGACAAUAAACGGCCUAUCACCGGGUAAAUACUGGGCUACUGUGCGAGAAGCGGGUGAUAUCUCCCGUGGUGCCGAGUCCACUGGUGGGAUCUGGGAUGCACUGAAGGCAAAGGUGCUUGGCGCUGAUGCCGCGGCCACCCCGGCCAAGGAAUCCCGGGGUAUCUUCGGCACUGUGGAUGUUGACAGCAAGGGACGCGGCAGUGUAUUCUUGGAUCGGCCUGUGGCAAUCUGGGAGCUUAUUGGUCGGAGUAUGGUUGUUUCGAAAAACACGGAGGGUCCGUUCCAGCGCGAGGACGAGAACACUCUUGUCGGCGUUAUUGCUCGUAGUGCGGGUGUGUGGGAUAAUGAUAAGAUGGUUUGCUCUUGCUCAGGUAAGAACGUAUGGCAGGAAAGACAGGAACAGGUCAUUCAGGGUAUGGCUUGA